UGCUGUGUGAGCAACCAAAGAACUGGCCGCUGUGACUAGUGUCUAGUGGUGCCUGUGGUGGUGGAUGUGUAAAAUAGUAGUUGCCAAACUUUCGCAGUGAGUGUUCGUGCGUGAUUUUUUGCUACGACUGCUUGGUCGCCAUAACAAUGAAAGGAAAGGUUCAAACAGUAUGUGGCGUGGUGGACCCCGAUGUCUUGGGCAAGACUCUUACCCAUGAGCAUCUCUUCAUGGAGUUCGACGUUGCCUACACGCCUGCAAGAGAGCACGAAAGACAACUGGAGCUCUGUGAGUUCUCCAUGGAGAACCUGGGCUGGAUCAGGCAGAACCCGUACAGCCACAAGUUGAACAUCAAGCUCAGUGAUCCGCCGACAACGGCUGCCAUAGCGAAUGAAAUGGCCACCUACAAGAAGUUUGGUGGAGGAACCAUCGUUGAAAACAGCACUAAAGGACUCAACAGAAAUGUCAACUUCUUGCGAGAAUUGUCCAAAAACUACGGUGUCCACAUCAUAGCUGGGACAGGUUACUAUGUCAGUGCGGCUCAAGACAAACAGACUAUGAAAGAAUCUGUGGAGGAAAUGGUGAACUUUAUGGCGAAGGAGCUCACUGUUGGCAGCGAGGAAUGUGCUGAUAUCAAAUGCGGGAUCAUCGGUGAAAUAGGCUGUUCAUGGCCUCUGCAUGACUUUGAACGUCGUGUCAUUAAGGCGGCGGGUGAAGCCCAGUCCACCAUUGGAUGCCCAGUGAUGUUUCACCCAGGGCGUCAUCACGAAGCACCCGAGGAGAUCCUGCGUCUUUACUGCGAGGCCGGCGGCUCCGUCAGCAAAAUGGUGAUGGGCCAUCUAGAUCGUACUAUACACGAACUGGACGCUCUGUUGGAAUUUGCGUCUCUGGGUUGCUUCUGCGAGUACGACCUCUUCGGCAUCGAGACCUCGCACUACGCGCUGAAUCUUGCCGUGGACAUGCCCUCGGAUGCCCAGAGGAUCGCUCGCAUCAGGCACCUUGUAGACAACGGUUUUGGAGAGAAGAUUCUCUUGGCUCAUGACAUCCACACCAAACACCGCUUGGUAGCUUUCGGUGGCCAUGGGUUCUCCCACAUAUUCAACAACGUGGUCCCGAAAAUGCUGGAUCGAGGCAUCUCCCAGGAUGCUAUUGACAGAAUGCUUAUUCACAACCCUAAAAACUGGCUUGCUUUUGCAAAGUAAGACUACAGAUUUUGUGUAUCACUGGAUGAGUUGUUACGUAAGAAGAUAUAUAAAAGUCUAUAGCUGUAGAAUCAGAUUCAGUGAUGUUAGCAAGUAUUUUGUUAUAAAGUAUGCAGGAUGAGAAUCAACCCUUAUAACGUCCUUUAUUUCUAUAUAAAAAAAAAGUAACUUAGGUAAGGUGGUGAAGGAGAUUAAAUCUUGCCUUCAUAUUUCAGACAUUUGGGAUUUCUGUCGGGAUACCAUGUAGUAUCAAAUUCAUCCUUUAUUUCUCUAGGUCUUUUUUGGUAGCUUGCUUUAUGUCUUAACAAUUAAAAAUGUAUCAUGAAUAAAACCUUUUUUUUUU